AUGGUCAAAGGUGGGCUAGUGGCAUCCUACAGCAAUGGGCCUAAAUCGGGAACGAAUUUGAGCACCAAGAAGAGAAGGCGGUGGACAGAAGCUGAUGAUGAUGAUGAUGAUGAUGCAGAGGAUGAUGAUGAACUCUGCAAACAACAUGGCUUGGUGAUGGUCAAAGGUGGGCUAGUGGCAUCCUACAGCAAUGGGCCUAAAUCGGGAACGAAUUUGAGCACCAAGAAGAGAAGGCGGUGGACAGAAGCUGAUGAUGAUGAUGAUGAUGAUGCAGAGGAUGAUGAUGAACUCUGCAAACAACAUGGCUUGGUGAUGGUCAAAGGUGGGCUAGUGGCAUCCUACAGCAAUGGGCCUAAAUCGGGAACGAAUUUGAGCACCAAGAAGAGAAGGCGGUGGACAGAAGCUGAUGAUGAUGAUGAUGAUGAUGAUGAUGAUGCAGAGGAUGAUGAUGAACUCUGCAAACAACAUGGCUUGGUGAUGGUCAAAGGUGGGCUAGUGGCAUCCUACAGCAAUGGGCCUAAAUCGGGAACGAAUUUGAGCACCAAGAAGAGAAGGCGGUGGACAGAAGCUGAUGAUGAUGAUGAUGCAGAGGAUGAUGAUGAACUCUGCAAACAACAUGGCUUGGUGAUGGUCAAAGGUGGGCUAGUGGCAUCCUACAGCAAUGGGCCUAAAUCGGGAACGAAUUUGAGCACCAAGAAGAGAAGGCGGUGGACAGAAGCUGAUGAUGAUGAUGAUGAUGAUGCAGAGGAUGAUGAUGAACUCUGCAAACAACAUGGCUUGGUGAUGGUCAAAGGUGGGCUAGUGGCAUCCUACAGCAAUGGGCCUAAAUCGGGAACGAAUUUGAGCACCAAGAAGAGAAGGCGGUGGACAGAAGCUGAUGAUGAUGAUGAUGAUGAUGAUGAUGAUGAUGCAGAGGAUGAUGAUGAACUCUGCAAACAACAUGUUACCGAGGAGCACUACCGAUCACCUUAA